UCAGAUUUACAUUUAUAUUAUAUUAAUAUUUUUAUCGCAAUUCUUCUACGUAUAUUCGAGCAAAUAACGGUAUGGAGCUUAAGACAAUUUUCAGAAUUGUAGAGCUGGUAAUAUGUGUAGUGCUCUUGGUCCUUUGGUAUGCGCUGAGCGAAUACGCGACGCGGGUUAUGAUCGUAUGUGGCACCAUUUUCGGUUUCACCAUAAUAACGGCGGUGCUGGUGGCACUUGAGUUCAUGGAAUUCAAUCAGGUGGCAGUGUACUUGAUCAUUGGCGCCAUUUUGUCUCUCAUCUGUGGUGGUUUGACCAUUGCAUAUCUGCCGGACCAUGGCGAUGGGAGGUUGACUUAUUUUAUUGCAACUGGCCUCUUCAUUGCUAACGGCGUAAUCUUUUUAAUCGAUUUCAUUAUGGAAUUGAAAAGUUAA